AGUCGAAAGUCACAUCUUCCUCCAAGCCCAACAGCCCUUCCGAUCAUCGGUCACCUCCACCUUCUUUCUCCAAAACCCCACCAAGCACUUCACAAGCUCUCAAAACGUUGUGGACCCUUAAUUCAGAUCUUCUUUGGCUCUGUCCCUUGUGUUGUGGCUUCCUCACCUGAAAUGGCCAAAGCGAUCCUCAAAAACAAUGAAUCUUCAUUUUUGAACCGACCCCCAUUUGCUGCUAUUGACUACAUAAAUUAUGGCUCACAAGCUUUUGUUUUUGGACCUUACUGGAAGUUCAUGAGGAAACUAAGCAUGUCGGAACUUCUUGGUGGACGAACGCUAGACCUUCUCCAUUUGGUUAGACGAGAUGAGAUUCAACGUUUUAUCGAAUUACUAUCGAAAAAAGCCACAGCUAGUGAGGCAGUUGAUGGUGGAGGAGAGCUUAUAAACCUAACUGACAAUGUAAUAUCAAGAAUGAUAAUGGGCAAGAGAUGUUCUGAAAAUGGGGAUGAGGCAGGUCAGAUUAGGACGCUGAUUCAAGAGAUAGGUGAACUCAUGGGGAAGUUUAAUUUGUCUGAAUUUAUAUGGUUCUGUAAGAAUUUGGAUUUGCAAGGAUUCAGAAAGAGGCUUAGGCACGUUCGCGACACCUACAAUGAGAUGAUGGAGAAAAUCAUAAGGGAACAUGAAGAGGAAAGGAGGAAGAGGAAGAAAAGUGGUGGUGGAAGUGAGGUGGUGAAAGAUCUGCUUGAUAUUUUACUUGACAUUUCUGAAGAUGAGACCUCAGAGAUGAGACUCACCAAAGAGAACAUCAAGGCCUUCAUCCUGGAUAUAUUUUUUGCUGGUACAGACACAACUGCCAUUACAAUUGAGUGGGCACUAGCAGAGCUAAUCAACCAUCCAAAUAUAAUGGAGAAAGCACAACAAGAGAUUGAUUCUGUGGUUGGAAAGAAGAGACCAGUGGAGGAAUCAGACAUUUUCAUUUGUGAGGGGACAACAUUUCAUUUGUUGCCAUUCGGGAGUGGCCGCAGAGGAUGCCCCGGAACUUCACUAGCGUUACAGGUGGUUCAAACAAGUCUUGCUACUAUGAUUCAGUGCUUUGAAUGGAAGGUUGGUGCUGGAGGAAAUGGAAGUGUGAACAUGGAAGAGGGACCUGGUUUCACUGUUCCAAGAGCUCAUCAUUUGCUGUGUGUUCCAGUGGCUAGGCUCAAUCCAUUUUUCUCUGGAUGGGCCUGAUUAGUAAAUUAGUGCUAGGCCAUUGGCUACUGAAUUACUAUUUUGUCUUUCUCACAGCCUAGCUUUGAACAGGAGUUGUUUUUCCUGUAGAUUAGGCUGUCUGCUUUGUGCAAGUUACCUUCGUGAACAUAUUGUGUAUAUUCUGUUAGAUAUUUUAAGCUUCAUUGUAAU